AUGCUCGAGAUUGGAUACUCCAGGUGUAAUGCUGAUCAUUGUUGCUAUGUGAAAAGGUUCGGUAACUCUUUUAUUAUUUUACUGCUAUAUGUGGAUGACAUGCUGAUAGCAGGAUCAGAUGUCAAGGAGAUCGAGAGGCUCAAGGAUCAGCUAUCAAGGAGAUUUGAUAUGAAGGAUCUAGGAGAAGCGAAACAGAUACUGGGCAUGAAAAUCACGAGGGACAGGAAUGCUGGUAAACUUUGGCUUUCUCAAUCUGAUUAUAUUGAGAAGGUGUUGUGCAGAUUCAAUAUGAAUAUUGCAAAGCUGGUUCGAGUGCCAUUGGGAAGCCAAUUCAAGUUGUCUAACAAGGAUUCGCCCCAGGAUAACUCUGAAAAAGAAAAGAUGAGAGUUACGCCUUAUGCUUCGGCUAUAGGGAGCCUGAUGUACGCUAUGGUCUGCACCCGGCCAGACAUAGCACAUGCAGUGGGAGUAGUCAGCCGGUUCAUGAGCAAUCCUGGAGUGAUGCACUGGGAGGCGGUAAAGUGGAUCCUUAGGUAUCUGAGGGGUACUAAGGACCGGGCAUUGGUAUUUGUCAGGAGUACUCUUACCCUCUCUGGGUUUGUCGAUGUUGAUUUUGCAGUAAGUGAUCUUGACAAGAGGAGGAGUACUACUGGGUACGUGUUCACUUACGACGGGACGGCCGUAUCCUGGAUUUCAAAGCUGCAGAAGAUAGUCACAUUGUCAACAACGGAAGCUGAUACGUUGUUCUCGUUGCCCUCGGUCUCCUUCUGCUCGGUUGAAGAUAAAACUCUCAGGAAUUGCCCUUAUUGCACCCUGUUGUAUUCGAUUGAAGGUGAAAUUCGCCGAGAAUUGUUCUUGUUGCAGAGCCGAGAAGUAGGGUUCUCAGACUUCUCGAUUUCUUCUUCUCGAUUUCUUCUUCUCAAUGAACCGGGGGGAACCGGCCACGUAGCUAGGGCCAGGCCGUUGGCCGAAGCCGAGUGCCGAGCUGCCGAGCUGAUUAAAAGAUAG